AUGAGCUCUGACCCUUCCACCGCUCUCCGUGACCUCCGGGACACCCUCCGCCAACCCCUCUCAUCGACCGAGGCCCUGACCUCCGCCCUCUCCCUUGUCCUUUCCCCGCUCGACCUCCACCCUACCUCCGUCCCGCCCUCUUCCGCCUCUGCAGCAGCUGUGGCAGCCAUCCAGCGUUAUCUUCCCACGAUCCAGCUCAGUCUAUUGACGGACCAUCUUCCGACCUUCCUUCACGCUCUUGGCGAAGACGACCUCCUCGUCGUUGAGAGGUUCUUUUGCCCCCCAAAGUCUGCUACGCUCGGGGCUUUGCGAGUAGGAAGGACCAUAGCGGGUGUAUCAUACACUACCCUCCCCUCGUUACUAUCGUCGAAAUCAGCCGGAGGGGCGGGCAGUACAGCGCUUCCCGCGCAGAGCAGGGAUCACCUACUUUCCUCCCUGGACAAGCUCGCGGCGACAUACGGGAUAGACGACCUCUACUGGUCCAUCUGGGCCAGCGGGGGAGAAUCACAAGCGGAGAGCUCCAAAGAUGGCGGAUUGAGGGCGCUGAGGUGGGAGGAGGCGGUGAAGGCGGUGACGAGUCUGCCCGCCAGGGUAGCCAAUGCAGCCGGACGGUGGGGUGAGGAGGGCUGGAAAGGGAUUGCUCCGGCUGCUUUGGCGUCAAGAUCUUACUUCGGACGAAUGAUCAUACGGCUCGAAAGCCUGAUGCACGAGCUCAAGUUGGACCCCUCCUCCGCCGAUCGGAUCCAGCUCGUCUUCCACCGCCUGGGGUCGAUAGGCUUAUUGUCUCAAAGCUCAAAUACGGAUCUCAUGCCGACCCUUCUCCCGGCCAUACUAUCGCACUUACACCCACCGCCGCCCCUCUCGCCUUACCCCGCUACAUACCUUCCGGGGAUCUUCCUCGGUCUCCCAGCUUCCAUGCUGAAUCCUGUCGUUUCUUCCCUCCUCACCAGCCUGUCCAGGCACAUCGGACCUCUCGCACCCAAUUCACCGGAUGAACAGGUCAAGCGCGCCAGCGAUGCAUUAUCCAGCAUCAUCGGAUCCGCCAACGCCCGCGGAGAAGCGUGGGACGCUGUCCUCCGAGCGACACUCGCCCCCGGGACGACCCGGAAUGAUGACCAGACCCGCAUCGUCGUGGCGUGGAUAUCCUGCACCCCAGCCUCGAUCCAGCCAUUCAUCGAAGCGGUACUCUCCACUUGGUCUUCCCCCAAACACAUCAAGUACGCCCUCUACUCCCCUCAAUUCCAGCUCGCGUACACUCUCCUCCUCUCCAUUUCUCUCCUCCCGCCACAUCACCCUUAUCUGGUGCGCAUCGCCACCCGGCCAGACGUACUCGGCGCGUGCUCAUCGUACCUCUCACAUCCGGACGGCUCGGUCCGGCGCCUAGGGCUGCUCGUAGCAGAGGUGCUGUCAGAGUUGACAAUCAAGGAGGAAGGGAACGUGGAACAGGAGGAGAAGCAGGAGACGGAAGAUUUGAUGCGGGGGCUCGAGAUUGAUGAGGAUACGGGAAGGCCAAAAGGGGUGGAUAAAGCCCCAAAAGGCAUCAAAAGGUUGAGAUUCGGAGGAGGAAUGUGGGACGGAGUAGGGGAUGGGAGGGAGGAAGCGAGGUGGUUGAGGUCGGCGGUGGGCGUGAGGGAUGGCGAUGCUGUACUUGCUGAAGGAGGGGAUUGUAUGUUGGGGUGGAAGCUGGCAACUGUGGAUGGGGAAGAGGCCCCGGCUCGAAUUCGGGCGACCCCGGUCAAUGCGUCGACUCGCGGUCGACCAGAGAAGAAAAGCUCGAAACCUCCGGUCACAAAGCCCAAACCGAAAAUUAUCAUGCUGGACGACACCGAUCCCCUCGUCUCUUAUUCUCCCCCACAUUCCCCCUCAUCCUCCCGUUCUCCCUCGCCUACCCCCUCAUACCUUGAGGAGAUCGCCGCAGAUCCCUCGCUCGCGCUCGACGCCACCCAGAAGAAGAAGGUCACUCGUCCGGUCUACAUCUUGCAACUUCUCCAGCUCCUCCGCGAGAAGGAUAGCCCGGAUGCCAUCGAGAUGGCAAUGAGGCAUGGAGAGGAGCUCAUCCGCGCCAAGCGCGGGUAUGGGCUAGAGUUGGCCGAGAAUGCCGUACCACUGGCGGGGCAUUUGAUGGGGAUGAGCAAUCAGUACGCCCUGGAUGAGUGGGAAGAGAGGAGGCAGGGGAUGGUGACUGCGUUAGUCGCGUGUGCGCCGAAACCGGUUGCUCCGUACCUCGCCCAGCAGUACUUUGUCAACCAGUACUCGCUCCAACAGAAAUCAAUCAUGCUUACUGCGAUCUCGAUGGGUGCGCGCGAACUCGCCGGUCUCGCCGUCCCGGACAUCACGACUCGGCGGGUCGACUUUCCAUCUCGCACCCUUCCUCCCGCUCUCCACAAGAAGUACAUCAGCGUCGCCGAUAAUCACCCCUCCCAGCAAGCUGGCAAUAACCAGAUCGAGGCAGCAGUGGAGGGCGUCCGGGGGAUCUUGCUGGAUAAGGGCGCAAGACGGGCUGCGGAAGUCCUCCCGGACGUGGCUAGGGAGAAGCGUCUCCGCGUCGGUACCCUCAGAGACCGCCAGCUUCUCGAUCGGCGACACGAAGAAGAGCGACAACUUCAGCGAACCACCCAGACACCCGUCGUUGCGUAUUCCGCGGUCGCCGCCGAAUACUUCAUCAUGCCUUUGGUCAACAGGUUCUGGACGCACUUUCAGGACGACUCUGUCCGCGAGUCCCGAGCACUGGCGACGGGGACAAGAUUCAGGGGUGCCGGAGCAGGCAUGGUUUUCUCCCCGAUGGCGCUGGAGAAGUUCCUCAUGACGCUUGCACUACUAGUGCACGCGGCGCGGAACUCGGCGGCAUUCCUCGCUGUCCUAGCGCCUGAGGUCAUCGAGCUGGGACUGACAGUGGGAAGUCGUCAUUCUCAUCGGCCGGAGAUGGACUUAGGCGAUGACGCUGAGAGAGGGGACGCCGGGUCCAAGGCGGAAAGUCAGGUCGUAGGGGGCGCGCUGGAGCUGGUGCUCGUCGCCCUGGAUCUGAGUGGGGAGGUAGAUGCCGGGCGAACGAUCUGUGGGGAUAAGCCGGAACUGGUGCUCGCUGCGGGAGAGUGGGCGCAAGGUGUGUUUGACGUAGAGAGCAGGGGAGGCAAGGUAGUCGGUGGUCAAGGAGGAAGGGAAGGGCGAAUCAAGGGCGCGGCGGCUGGGGUGGUGGUGAGGGCCGGGGAGAUGAUAGAGAAGUGGGGGUCAGGAAGGCGAUAG